AUGAGACACGGUCACACGGGAGCUAAUGCAGCUUUACUUGCGAACAGUUGUCAACAAUAUCAAAGGGUGGAUCAGCCCACGCCGCAACCUUCAUUUCUACCAUCAUCAUUCAACACCAUUCGCAGAAUACCGAAUGAAGUUUGUAAUGGCAACUCGAACUGUAAGUGGAUAUUGGAUACAUCACAUCCUUCGUCAUCGUCGCCACGCGAUGCCAUUCAUCUGUUUUCAAGUGCAAAUGACGGCGAGUGCAGUUUCGGCCGCACAGCAAUCGACCAGCCGUUGCCUGAGCUCACAAAGCAAGUGGUCAAAGACAGCUUCGAGAGCUUGAUGCACUGCAUGAACAGCGAGAUUGCGCGUCAUGUUGAAAGCAAGGAGGAUCAAACUGUCAUGCUGGAUGAAGAGUUGCAGCAGCAGCAGCAGCAGUUAUUACAGCAAAAUCAGAAUCUUAGUUUUAGUACAACCUCACAGAUAAUGCUGGAUGAAGAGUUGUUGCAGCAGCAGCAGCAGCAGCAGUUGUUACAGCAAAAUCAGAAUCUUAGUUUUAGUACAACCUCACAGAUAAUGCUGGAUGAAGAGUUGUUGCAGCAGCAGCAGCAGCAGCAACAGCAGCAGUUGUUACAGAAAAAUCAGAAUCUUAGUUUUAGCACAACCUCACAGAUAAUGCCAGAUGAAGUGUUGUUGCUGCAGCAGCAGCAGCAGCAGCAGCAGCAGCAAUUGUUACAGAAAAUGCCAGUUUUUAGUACAACACCGAUAACCACGGCCCAGGCCCUACUCAUGAGGCUAAACGAGACCUCGCGGGUGAGCAUUCCAUUCGUCCCGACGGCUAACGCGCAAAAGAGAGCACUAAAUUCCCCUAUGAAUAUUGACGAGAUUGCCGAGAAGAGGCUGAGAAGGAUGUUAAAGAAUCGGGAGUCGGCCGCGCGAUCGAGAGCAAGAAAACAGGCCUAUAUUAGUCACCUGGAAAGGCAGUUGAAAGGGAAAGAAAGGCAAAUAGAAGAGUUGGAAGGCAAGGUGAAAGCAUUGGAGUGCACGAAUGAUGAGCUCAGAAAAGCGCUGGACGCUUCUCCAAAGAUUGAUGGAUUUGUGCGAAUCUUCGACGCUUUUGUUUCCUCCAUGGCUCAAUUUAAUCUGCAAGAAAUUGAAGAUUCAGUGCACAGCGGUGCGGGGGUGGUUGGCGGUAGGGGUGGCAAUCCAGUUCGCUAUUCGCGAGCCAGCUUGUGUUCGCUUGGAAAUGAGCUCGAGUUCGAAUUGUUCACUUAG